AUGGAAAGAAAUAAAGACUAUGUUAAUGCCUAUGACGCAUUGUACAAGCUAUCCUCAUCUAAUGAAGACCAAAUAGAUAAAAUUUAUCAAGAUAUCAAAAUUAAUUUGAUCGAAACCAAUGUUUUUCCGCCAUCUCAGAUGUUAGCGAAUAUCAUUGAUAUAUCUAAAUUUAAUAACCGCUACUUCAAAUCAUAUUGGUUAAUAUUCAAAAAGAUAUUUGAAGAAUAUCAUCUCACAGAAAUUAAGAGUAACUCAACCAUUUUUAAUUACUUCGUAUAUAAAGAAUAUGGAAUAGUAUUAGAUGAUGAAAAUAAAAGCGAUUCCGAAUUUGGUCGAUAUGAAGAUGAAAAUUAUUCAUUGGAAGUUCAUGAAGAAAACACGGUUUACAGAGCAAUAAUGAAUGAUGACAAACAAUCAUUAAUAAUAUACGCAGAAAGACCUGGGUUUGAUAAAGAUCAAAGUCUGAAAAGUGAAUUUUAUCCAUUUAAUGCUCCAAAUUCAUUACUUGAAUUAUGUUGUUAUCAUGGUGCUGUUAAUUGUUUUAAAUUAUUGAGAUCAAAAUUCAACUCAGAGAUAACCAAGAAAUGCCUUUGGAAUUCAUUCUUGGGUGGAAACCAAGAGAUAAUGAGCGAAUGUUUGAAAAUUCAAUCACCAGAUUAUGAAUGCAUGAGAUAUGCAAUUAUUUCGCAUAAUGUUGACUUUAUUACUUUCCUAAUGAAUGAAUACGAAAUUGCAAUUGAUUUAUAUCAUUGUGGAUAUUAUAACAACCUUCAAGCCUUUUUAAUUUAUUUAGAUCAAACUCUUGAUAUGCACAAAUGUCUUGUUUAUUCUCCUCUAUUUAAUAUUCCUUCUCUUGUUGAAUAUUUGAUUGCACAUGAUGCUGAAAUUAAUACAAAAGAUAAAUACGGAUUUGCUGCUCUUCAUUAUGCCACCAUUAAAAAUAGUAAAGAAAUAAUAAAUAUUUUAAUAGAUCAUCAUGCAAAUAUUAAUGCAAAAGAUAUAAAUGGAGGAACUGCUCUUCACAUCGCAACAAGAAAUAAUAAUAAAGAUAUUGCAGAACUUCUUAUUUCUAAUGGAAUUGAUAUCAAUGCAAAAACUAAUAAUGGAAAAACUGCUCUUAAAAUUGCAAUUGAAAAUAAUUACAAAGAAAUCGAAGAUCUGCUUAUUUCUCAUAGUACCAAAGUGACAAAAAGAAGUUGA